AUGCGUACCUCGAAUCUGCGGAAACUCUGGCUGCUCGUAUUACUGACGCCUUUCGCACAGGCGUCAGAAGUGGUGGUCUCGGGGGCCAACGUGGAAUAUCGUGGUGUGCAGAAUGACACUGCAGGCACCAACUCAUUCUAUGGCAUUCGCUACGCCAAAGCACCCGUCUCGGAUCUGAGAUGGAGAGCUCCUGUACCCAUCAAGUCUUGUGAUCAGCGAGGCUCUAUUGAUGCUCGUCAGCGUGGGCCAAUGUGCCUCCAGAGCAGUCCGGCAUGGGCUGCGUCAAUCUAUGCAAACACAAGCGGCACACAAGAUGAAGAUUGCUUGUUGCUCGAUAUUGUGACGCCCAUAUCUGCGGCUUGCGAUAAGCUCCCAGUCAUGGUGCAGAUUCAUGGAGGAGGUUACGUAGGCGGCAGCUCGAGUUCUUUUCCUGGUGCCAGUAUUGUCAAUCAGGCAAAGGGUACGCUGAUUUACGUGGCUAUUCAAUAUCGCUUGGGACCCCUCGGCUUUCUGGCCGGGGACGAGAUUGCCGCAAAUGGCUCAUGGAAUGUUGGCCUUCUCGACCAGAGAGCGGCGCUUGAUUGGGUUCAGCAAAAUAUACACUUUUUUGGUGGCGAUCCUGAAAAAGUCACCAUCACUGGAGGAAGUGCUGGUGGGGGUUCCGUCAGUCUACAGAUGACCAUGUAUGGAGGCUCAGCACCAGCCCCAUUCCGUGCCGCCAUACCAGAGUAUCCAUGGUGGACCCCAAUGUUGGACCAGGCUCAAUUGAACAAGCAAUAUGAGACGUUUGUCCAGGCAGCCAACUGCACGUCUUCAGAAUGCCUACGAAAAGCGCCAUUAUCAAUUAUCCAGCUCGCAACCAAUAAGUCGCUCGAGACUGCUUACAACCAAGGCGAUUAUGCAUACGGAACCUUUUACUGGGGCCCAACCGUUGAUGGACAUAUCAUCCAGGAAGGCCCCCUCCAGGCGUUCAGCCAAGGGCAUUUCCAGCAAGUGCCCGUCCUCAUUGACCGCGAUGGCAACGAAGGCUUUUCGUUUUCAAACGUGUCCAUUACCACGACAGAUGAGGUACUAUCGGAUCUGGAACGUCUAUGGCCAAACGAGACAUUUCUCGUCGACGCUCUGGAACUAUACCCAAACUCAACGUACAACGCCAGCAUGAUUGAGGCUUUGAAUGUCAUUCAGGCUCUUGAGGCCGCGUUGGGUGGCAACAUGUCCUUUAGCAGCGCUUUCGUCCAGAGGGAUGCCCUCUUUGGCAAUGCACUCGUCAAUUGUCCCACAGAGUACAUGGCUCUGGCCGCAUCUCGGGCGGGCGUGCCGACAUAUAAAAUGAUUUUUGAUGCAGGCCUUCAACUUCAUGGUGCGACCGGGCCAUAUCUUUUCUCAGAUUAUAUUAAUCCUUCGGGCGAGUUCACAUAUGGUCCCAUUACUGUACCGGGGAAUGACACCUUGGCCGUGAUGAUGAGAGAUUACUUUAUCUCGUUUGCUGUUGCAUUGGAUCCGAACAAAGCCGUCAGUUCGUCGGCAGGCAGACCGCAAUGGUCACCAUAUAACGCAAGUAACAAUGAGACGGCUGUCUUGCUCAUCCAGGAUGCUGGUAUCAAGAUUGUCAAAGACCUGGACGUGAAUGCACGUUGCAAUUACUUGGAGUCUUCAGCAGCCUACAUGAUGGAAAUUUAG